GGGACAGUGCUGCGCUCAGUCUCCACCCGGACUCCGCCAUGUUGGGUCUUGUGGGGCGUGUGGCCUCGGCUUCGGUCUCGGCCUCCGGGGCCCUGCGGGGACUGAGCAAUUCGGCGUCGCUCCCUCAAGCGCAGCUUCUCCUUCGAGCCGCGCCCGCCUCGCUCCAUCCGGCCAGAGACUAUGCGGCGCAAACUUCCCCGUCUCCUAAGGCAGGCGCUGCCACCGGGCGCAUUGUGGCGGUCAUCGGCGCCGUGGUGGACGUCCAGUUUGAUGAAGGAUUACCACCCAUCCUAAAUGCCCUGGAGGUGCAAGGCAGGGAGACCAGGCUGGUUUUGGAGGUGGCUCAGCAUUUGGGUGAGAGUACCGUAAGAACCAUUGCUAUGGAUGGUACUGAAGGCUUGGUUAGAGGCCAGAAAGUACUGGAUUCAGGUGCACCAAUCAAAAUUCCUGUUGGUCCUGAGACCUUGGGCAGAAUCAUGAAUGUGAUUGGAGAACCCAUUGAUGAGAGAGGCCCUAUUAAAACCAAACAAUUCGCACCUAUUCAUGCUGAGGCUCCCGAGUUCAUAGAGAUGAGCGUUGAACAGGAAAUUCUGGUGACUGGUAUCAAGGUUGUGGAUCUGCUAGCUCCUUAUGCCAAGGGUGGCAAAAUUGGACUCUUUGGUGGUGCCGGAGUUGGCAAGACUGUACUGAUCAUGGAGUUAAUCAACAAUGUCGCCAAAGCCCAUGGUGGUUACUCAGUAUUUGCUGGUGUUGGUGAGAGGACCCGUGAGGGCAAUGACUUAUACCAUGAAAUGAUUGAAUCUGGUGUCAUCAACCUAAAAGAUGCUACCUCUAAGGUAGCGUUGGUGUAUGGUCAGAUGAACGAACCACCUGGUGCUCGUGCCCGGGUAGCUCUGACUGGACUGACUGUUGCUGAAUACUUCAGAGACCAAGAAGGUCAAGAUGUACUGCUAUUCAUUGACAACAUCUUCCGCUUCACCCAGGCUGGCUCAGAGGUGUCUGCCUUGUUGGGCAGAAUUCCUUCUGCUGUAGGCUACCAGCCUACCCUAGCCACUGACAUGGGCACAAUGCAGGAAAGAAUUACCACCACCAAAAAGGGAUCUAUCACCUCUGUGCAGGCUAUCUAUGUGCCUGCUGAUGACUUGACUGAUCCUGCCCCUGCAACUACCUUUGCCCAUUUGGAUGCCACUACUGUGCUGUCCCGUGCUAUUGCUGAGUUGGGCAUUUAUCCAGCUGUGGAUCCUCUGGACUCUACUUCUCGAAUCAUGGAUCCCAAUAUCGUUGGCAAUGAACAUUAUGAUGUUGCCCGAGGUGUGCAAAAGAUCCUGCAGGACUACAAAUCCCUCCAGGACAUCAUUGCCAUCCUGGGUAUGGAUGAACUUUCUGAGGAAGAUAAGUUGACUGUGUCCCGGGCAAGGAAAAUUCAGCGCUUCCUGUCGCAGCCAUUCCAGGUUGCUGAGGUCUUUACAGGUCAUAUGGGAAAGCUGGUGCCCUUGAAGGAGACCAUUAAAGGAUUCCAGCAGAUUUUGGCAGGUGACUAUGACCAUCUCCCAGAACAGGCCUUCUAUAUGGUGGGACCCAUUGAAGAAGCUGUGGCAAAAGCUGAUAAGCUGGCAGAAGAGCAUACAUCAUGAGGGGUCCUCUUGCCACACUAAAUAUUCAUCCUCUGUACUGUCUCCUUGCCUCCAGUGCUGAAAGCAACAAUUUUCUGUAUAGGCUUCUACAAGAGCCUUGACUGAAGAUGUUCUGUCUGAAGAGUAUUUAAAGUUUUCAAUAAAGUGUACACCCCUCAGAA